UGGGGUGUCCUGUGAACUUCCAUAGGGGUUGGAUUUGAGGGUGGAGAGGACAGGCUGUCGCAAGAGGUCAACACCCCACCACCAGCCUGGCUGCUUGCUGCUAUGGGAGGUUGGGGGCGGGGGAGAGGCUCUGUCCCCUUCCUCCGAAGAAGUGGCUCCCCCCCCCCUAAAAUGUCGGCACCUAUAAGAAGUUAAGCACUGUUGGGUAGAUGGAGAACUGCGAUGAAGAGUGGCCAGAGGGCCAGCACUCCCUUCAGGCCCCAGGUGGGGUCCGGGCUGCCAGCGGAACCAUGGAAGAGUGUGCUGUUCUCUACUCGGACGUGGAGGACGACCCGUCACUCCUAACAGACCCAGGGCCCGGGGCCCGGGCCCCUUUCCACUGCUCCGAGUGUGACAAGAGCUUCCGUUACCGCUCAGACCUGCGCCGCCAUUUUGCCCGGCACACCGAGCUCAAGCCUUUCCAGUGCCCUCACUGUGUCAAGAGCUUCAAGCAUUCCUUUAACCUGGUGAACCACAUCCGGAGCCACACCGGGGAGCGCCCCUACCGCUGCACCAUGUGCCCCAAAGGCUUCCGAGACUCCACAGGGCUUCUCCACCACCAGGUGGUGCACACCGGGGAGAAACCCUACUGCUGCCACGUCUGCGAGCUCCGCUUCUCCUCCCGCAGCAGCUUGGGGCGCCACCUCAAGCGGCAGCACCGUGCUUCUCCCGCUGCCGCAGCCCCUCAGACACCCGCCCCCCGCUGCCUGGCCUGCGGGAAGGAGCAAAGUCCCCUGGGGCACCUCUGCAGCGCUGGGCGAGGCCGCGCCGCACCCUUUGGCUGCGGGGCCUGUGGGCGCCAUUUCCAGUUGGCAUCCGAACUGCGCCGCCAUUGGCUCGCCCACACUGACAUCAAGCCCUUCAAGUGCCCCGACUGUGAGCGGGACUUCAAUGCUGCAGCGCUGUUGGAGCGCCACAAGCUCACGCAUGCCAAGGACAGGCCCCCGCCCUGCCCAGUGUGCUCUGGGAAGGUUCCACCAAGCGAUGGGAUGCUGGAAUUGCGGGGCCUGGAAGAAGACCCGAGAGAUGGGGGGCCAGAGGCCCAGCAGCACAGCAGGGGCUGCCCCACCUGCCACCCUCCGGACAUGCGGCCCCCUGAAACACUGUACCAGUGUGAAUGUGGGACCUUUUUUGCCAAUGGCAACACCCUGGCGGCUCACUUGACUGCCCACGGCGGCGAGCCCUCCUUCAGUUGCGGGAUAUGCGGCCAGCCCUUUGUGAACUUGCAGACACUGGAGGAGCACCAGUUGAGCCAUGCCGUGGCUGCUUCUCCGAUGUCAGGCCCUGGCAGUGAGCUGGAACGCCACCUGUUGCCACAGCUGGACCUCCGCGCGUUCCCUGCCCGGCCCAGCAAGAAACUCUACAAAUGCAGUGAGUGUGAAAAGUACUUCCGCAGCCCACGGGACCUGGACCGCCACGUCUUGGUGCACACCGGCGAGAAGCCCUACCAGUGCACCGAGUGCGGCAAGUUCUUCCGGCACGAGUGCUACCUGAAACGGCACCGGCUGCUGCACAGUGGCGAGCGCCCUUUCAAGUGCACCGUCUGCCACAAAGGGUUCAUCACCUUGAGCAACCUCUCCCGCCAUCUCAAGCUGCACCGCGGAAUUGACUAGGCGGGGAGCCCCCUUCUCAGAAUAAACACCCUCCCCUCCCAAUGCUGCUUUCCUCUACCUCCACCCUGCCAGAGGUGAUCUGGUUUCGGAGGUGUCACUCUGCCCGAUGCGGCUAGAACUUUGAUUUCCUUGUCCUCCUUGUAGGGCAUGAAUUUACAAUUGUGAGCUGAUAGAAAAGUAUUAUUAUUGUUGUUAUUAUUAUUAUUAUUAUUUUACUAAUGUUCCACUACUGUUGGUAGAGUACAUUGCACUUGCUUGACCGUUAUAACGUCUUCAGUGGGUUGGGGGGUAGGAUACCUGGCUGGUUGUGCCUAGAAAGGUAACUGAACAUUUUGGGAUUCAGACCCCUAAUAUUUCUGGGCAUAAUGAAGACGUGCCAGGAAAUGCAACUCUUGGGCCAAGGCUCCCCUCGCUCCCCUGGAGAUACUUAUGUCCAAGUGAGCUUGACCAAGCUGAGAUGACGUUGCUUCACUAGCUGUAGUGCUCUGUGGUUCCCAGGAAUGUAAAGGAGGGACUGCCUAGUUGUAAUGGGAGAAGUGUGCUCAGACAUUCUACCAGGAUGCAGAUUUAUUGACUUGCUGCAUUGCAGGACAUCUUACCUUUUGGAUAAGCAGACAGCAUCGUUGGGCAAUAGAAAUGCUAGUGUGCAGGAACCUUGCAUCAUACUGUUGUAUGACUUGGUUGGUUCCCUUUCCCUCUGAUCUCUCUGCCCCUGGACAAGAGUGGCCACAGUUAGGGGAUGUUUCUGCCUUUCCCUUUCAACUUGAAAAGCGUGUUGUCCUUGCCAAAGCCAAUGGGCUUAAAUUCCAGAACUGCAACUCACCAAAGAAUUUCAGGCAUUGUAUUUCUAUGUGGCAUAGAGGUGAUGGUGGAUUAAGACCAGAGAGUUCUCAACAACCUCACAAAACUAUGGUUUCUAAGUCUUCCUUGGAGGGAAGUGUGGGGAAAGUAUAAUCAAACCAUUAAAAAUCAAUUUAAGCUUGAA